UACGUUCACUGAGUGUGUGUUUACGUGACACAGAGCUAGAUGUGUCGAUGAAAUACACAGAUAUAGAUAGACAGGCAGCUAGAUAGAUAGGUAUGUGUGAUCUCUUGUUUUUCAGUUUUUGGUUUUUUGGCGAAACAGUUCAAGAAGGCAGCAAUGUAAGGCUGCAAAUCUACAACAUCAGCAGCAAUUCGGACGUCAUGGUAACGAAAGUGGUAGAAAGGAGGAGUGGCCCAUCCUCGCCAGUCCAGACACUGGAGAGAGUACCCAAAGCCUAUUAGGUGCGAAGCGGAGGAGGCUGCCCCAAUCUGCCAGGACCAGGCCACCAGUCCACUUGUGGUGGCACCCUGGGCACUCUACCUUGCGGGUGUACAAGCAGCGCUCCUGCUGGGGACUGGAGAGCAGGCUAAGACUGCAUUUGAUGCGGAUCCAGGAGAGAAGAUGGCGCCGUCUGGAGCUGCGACUCUUCGGAGAAGAUGCCAAAGAGUUUUGUACUGGAUCCCAGUUCUUUUCAUUUCCAUUAUCGUGUGCUGGUCGUACUACGCCUAUGUCAUUGAACUCUGUAUAGUUUCCAUGUCGUAUAUUGGAGAGAAAGUUGUUUGCCUGAUUGCCUACCACUGCUAUUUUGCCAUGUUUGUAUGGUCAUACUGGAAAACUAUCUUCUCAAAACCAAUGAAUCCAUCAAAAGAGUUCCAUUAGUCUUAUACACAGAAGGAGAUUCUUAUUCGAAAGCCUAGGGGUGACAGUCAUCAGAAAUAUUUAAGGAAGGGUGCUAAGGACCUUCCAGUAUUUUCUAACUAUAUUUCUCACCAUGGCACCAUCAGGUACUGUGACAGAUGUCAACUUGUGAAGCCAGAUCGUUGUCAUCACUGCUCUGUAUGUGACAAAUGCAUCCUAAAAAUGGAUCAUCACUGUCCAUGGGUAAACAACUGUGUUGGUUUCUCCAAUUACAAGUUUUUUCUACUGUUCCUGGCAUAUUCUUUGAUGUACUGCCUGUUCAUUGCUGCAACAGAUCUCCAAUAUUUCAUCAAAUUCUGGACUAAUGGCCUUCCUGAUACACAAGCCAAAUUCCACAUCAUGUUCCUUUUCUUUGCUGCAGCUAUGUUUUCAAUCAGCCUGUCCUCACUGUUUGGUUACCACUGUUGGCUUGUCAGCAAAAAUAGAUCUACUUUAGAGGCAUUUAGAGCACCUGUAUUUCGCCAUGGUUCAGACAAGAAUGGCUUCAGUUUAGGAUUCAGCAAAAAUCUUAGACAAGUGUUUGGAGAUGAGAAGAAGUACUGGUUACUGCCCGUCUUUACAAGCUUAGGAGAUGGUUGUUCCUUCCCAACAUGCCUUGUGAACCAGGAUCCUGAACAGCCACCAACUCCUGCUGGACUGAACACUACUGUCAAGAGCUCUGACAGUCAUCCCUUUCCCCCUAAACCACUACGUGAGUCACAGAGUCAUCUACUAACCAAUGCCCAGUCUUGGAUGGAAGCAGGAGGAGAUGAAGAAAAGGGUAAACUCGGCAUGAACAAUCCUGCUAUGACCAUUGAAAAUGAAACCUAGUUAUUAACAAGUAAGCAACUAAAAAGCUGGAAUAUGUUUGUUAAUAAUUCUGCCAACAGAAAGAACCUGAAGGACUUCAGCCUCCCAGAAUUCAGGCCUCACCCACCCACUUACCUUACCUGUGCCUUUGUGGGUUUGACUGGAAGACGGCAUUCUAACAUCUGAUUGGUUCUCACCAUGUCACCACUUGAAACAUGCAGCUGACAUACUGUAUUCAACAUCAGUUUAGAACAGACAUGUUUCAAUGUUUAUGAAAACAUCAGCUUUAGCUGAAACAUUUCUAUCAAGACAAGUAAUGCCAAAAAGGCUUCAGUGUAAUGGAAACACCUAGUAUGCACUAUAUCACUGUAUUUUGUAUGUAUAGGGCUGAUUUCAUUCCUUGCUUAAAUGACAGCACAGUCAGUACAUCUGCCUUUAAAUAUAGAUCAGACUGUACUCAGGGAUGGAAACAUUUGAAGUGGAAACAGUAUACUGAGGGUAAGUGUUACAUGCGAAGCAAGGACACUGGUCAAAUGAAAAUUAACCAGAUGUGCAUUGUAAUAAAAUGUAGCUGGAGUUCACAACAGAGCCAAUUCAUGUAUAUUUUGCUUUAAGAGCUCUUAAUUAUUUAAAAAAAAAAAAAACAUAUAUGCAUAUGAAAGGACAGUGUUAGCAGGGGAAGCAAAACACAGCUACUGUAACUCAGAAGCAGCUAACAGUCAGUUCAAAUGGGUGACUCACUGUUACCAAAUCAUACAUUUCGAUGUGAAUACCAAUGUACUGGAAUUUAGAACAGUAGCAUUUUUUUUUCUAGUUUACGUUCCUUUGUAAAACAAGGCAGUUGUCAGAGAUUUUAACAUGGUAUAGCAUGCUAAUAUUUUCUAUGGUACAGUCAUUUAAAUAACAGUAUUUUAUAUUGCUGUAUGGUGUCUUUAAUUGCCCUGUUCAGAAGUUAUGUACAAAAUGCACUAGUCCUGGCUGCGUUAAAUAUUAGAAACUGCUUUGGUUUAUAAAGUAGGUUACAGUAAUGUUGAUAUGUAAGGUUCAGUAGAAAAUGUACAAAUUGACAGUUGUUGGAAAGUAAUUUCUGACACUUUGGUGUCUCUGUACUGCAGUGUGCUGUUAUCAGGAUUGCAAGUGCCUAAAUGGGACAAUAAGCAAUUGGCUUAAACUGUAACUCAACACUAGUUGUCACUGUGCACAGCACUCCUGAGAAGUAUCAUCAUCACAGAUGGAGAGUGUUUUUUGUGAUUGUUGGAGAAAAUUAAGAAAGCUUUUUCAGAAUUCAGAACAAACAAGAUAACAACUGGAUAUUGAUGACUGAAUUUUUGUGCACAGUUUUAAAGUCAGUAUAUUAAAUGGCUGUUAAAAUUUAAACCAUAAAAUAUUGUGAAGCACACUGUAUGAAUAUUUGUUCUUAUCACAGUGCAGAAUUGUUGGUUAUUAGUAUGUUUUGCCUUUUGUAAACUUCACUAAAUAUAGAUUUAAAACACGUCGAAUAAUUUUACAAAGCAAAUGAAGGAUAUUCCUCACUUGUUUCAUGAAGGGCCUCUGGCAUAUGACAUGACUUGUAGUCUUGGUUCAGGAUGAUCCAAGAAAAAGACACAGAAAAAAAAUCCAAGUUAAGAAGAAUCCAAGUGUCUUGUGCCAGCACUUAUUUCUCGGCAGCAUUACAUUAUUGUACUUUGAUCUUCAAGUGUCUAUUUCCCACAGGUAGGAGAUAUCUCACAUUAGGUAUACGGAGAUGCUGCCUUAUUUGUCAUGAAUCACUCUAAUAGAUCUACAGUGUUAUAUAUUUAUAUAUUUAAUUUCUUCAUUUUAAACUUAAGUACUUCUACUGAUCUAUAUAUUUGCUGUAAAUGUUUUUUCUUGUUUGUUGUAAUGAUUUUUCUAUGCAUUUACUGCUUUUGUUCUUUACAUCGUCAUCAUUUUCAAAAAUAACAUUAAUUAAAACAGUUCCUGUCAGUUUGUCUAGGGCUUGUUGCAUUUAGAUAUAUAUAUAUAUAUUUGGGGGACCAGGAAAUGAGACUAAACUAAACGCAAACAAAAAAAAUGAAUUACAUCUGCAUUAUGUGCUUGUUAAAAGGAGAGAGAGAGAAACGGAUGGCCCCUGAACAAUGGCCCUGAUUCAAAAAGACUUCCUCUUACUAUAAAUUACUGCUUACACUGAAAACAGGUGUUUUGGAAUCUAGUCCCCAGAGUAAGCCUGUUUUUAAAUAGGUCUUACACUGAAAUAAGUCACUUACACUGAGAGCAAAUCUUUUGGAAUCUGGCCCAAUGUUUUAAUUAACAAAUCACUGGACAUAUGAUAGAACUCUGAAAUUUGAUCUGGGUGUAAAAGCCAGUCUUAAAUGCAGCUCAUGAGUUUAGCCAUGUGGUGUGGUAGCCUCAUAAGGUAAUGCCAUAUUCAGUGUGUGUGUGUGUGUGUGUGUGUGUGUGUGUGUGUGUGUGUGUGUGUGUGUGUGUGUGUGUGUGUGUGUGUGCGUGUUAAUGGACAGUGACUGGUUUCCUGUGCCCAGUGCAGGCAUUCUAUACCCUAAUGUUUGCAGCUAAUGAUACCAAAAUAUUUGAAAUACAAAUUGAGAUUGAAAGAGGCAAUCUUUUGGAGAAAAAUGUAGCAGGAAUGUUCUAAUCCAGUCUUUCCAGAGGGAAUUACAAAACCUGAGCAUACAAAUUACACAUCUUCUCAAAAGUCAAGGCAGUACAUAUGAAAUUCUCUGUUAGACAUAAGAUGCAUUUUCCUAGGUGCAGUGUCAGUGUCUGUAUUCCAGUAUUUUUCUGCAUUGCUGUAUUAUGCAGAGUAAUUUAUUCUAGAAGACAAAGGCUUCUGAAAAGUAAAUCAAAGCAGGACAAAAGAGUGCUGCUGCUAAACUUUUAGUCUCUAUGGCAGAAACAAAUACAUGUAAUAUAGAUAGGAAUCAUAGUAGUGAAAGGAAGUCCUGUGUUUAGGGCUCAGUUUCAUUUUUAAUGGUUGUAACUCACUUGUGGGAGAAAAAAUAUUUAAAAAAAUUACAUAGUGGAAUUCAUAAUCUUGAUUCAUUUUCUUGUAUGACUUUUUAUCCAAGUACCAUAAAUUAGUCUCCAGAAAUAUAACUGACUGCAUACACACUAUUUUAUGAGUACAGCCAUAUAUAGCCUUUUUUGAUUUUGUCUGAAAAAAUAAGCAAUGUAUGAUAUUAAUUUUAGAUAUAAAAGCCACACACACACACACAUGUGUGUGUAUGUGUCUGUUUUACGUGCAUAAUUCACAAUAUAUUAUGUGUAGUACUUGCCCAGUGGUUUUUAAAUUGACCACACGUAAAGCACAUAAUCCAUCUGCAUUCCUUAUAUUGAUCUGGACUGUGUACAUAUUCUUUGGCAAACAUCUGAGCAACACAAUUUCCCAGAAGAUAAAGGUCCAAGGCCAUAUAAAGGCUAUUUAGAUGUAUGCCUAAUGUCAUUUAUCUCUACCAGUCCUCCCUUCCAAUGACCGCCCCCAUGCCUCGAAGCAACUAUUCUCAUACUUAUGUGGUACCGGAUGCAGUUUAUACUGUCAAUGCAUCCUAGCCAACCACUGCCUUUAUCCUUAAAAUGCAACCUGUAAUGUAUUAUCACAAUGUAAAGAGGAUUUUUGCCUGGCUUCAACUGAUAAUCAAUUUUGCAGUUGUCCUUUUUUGUGUGUGUGUUUUUUUUUACAUUGCUAAAUGCUUUAUUAAGUCACUUCAGUUCUUAUUACCAAUUAAAA